ACAAACGAUAGUUAGAAUAACAAAAACAGAGCUUGUCUGCCUCAGGUUGUGACUCAGCUGAUAAAGGCCAGAGCUGGGAGUUCGUAACCUCCAUUCUGUUUGCCCUCACACUCAGUAAAGACAGCUUUAUGAAGGAGAAUCCAUGUGUUGAGCUAUUCUUUUUCUACAGCUUAAUUUAAUAUAAUUAUUCUCUUUCUCUUUGCUGGAUUUUAUUAUUUAAACGCUCCCUUCUCGGACUGGAUAUCAGCAUCAACAGAAAAAAAUAAAGGACUGGAUACAUAGACAAUAACAGAAAGAGGUCAAGGCACUUAUUAAAAAACUCUUUGAGAAGAAACAAACCAAUUAGAGGAGCGGAGAAGGGUCAACCAGCCUGCAGAAAAACAAUGUCAAACUGCAGCCUCCCUGAACGACCUCCCUCCACCGUGAUAUUUGACACUCGGUCAGAGGCGGUGAUCUUGCCCGAUGGUGUCGUUUCUGUGGCAGGCAUCACCGUGGUGACGGGGGGUGCUGAGCUGACUUGUGGAUCCUGCCUGUUGGCCUUCGGCGUUUGGGGAACCCUGAUCGGCAUCAGCGUGGUCCUGCUUGGCAUCUGGGACCAGAAUGCAGAGAAACACAGAGUUUCCACUCUGCUGGCUUUGGGACUGGUGAUCCUGGCCCUGAGCUUAGGGAUGGUGCUGGGAGUUGCUGGUUAUCGCUACAGCAAUAAAAAGAAACAAGUCAUUGACUGGGGGAAUGACGAGGGAAAAGUCGUGAUGGUGGAUGAGAGGAAUACCGGUUGUGUGAAGACAGUUACUGUAUAAAUGUUUACAUUAUAAAAUGUUACACUGCGUCACACCUGCCAUAGUCUACACUUGUUUAGAAUACAGUCGAUUAGAUGCAUAUGCCUUUUAACCCUAUUAUUGCAUGUAACACGGUCCCGUUCAAAAAAAAGAAAAAAAACAUACUGGUUGCAAACUGCACAAAACAAAAACAGUUUAUUCAUACAGUAUUCACUCUUCGGGCCUUUUCUCCAUCUUACUUUGUGUGUACAUUCCAAGACAGGUUCAAAUACAUGGACGAUGAACCAGAUCAGAACAAAAAUCAAGUAAAGAAAAUUUUCUGACUUCGUGAGCAGUCCUGCGGAAGAGGUUGCAUAUAGCUCUAUACUGGACGUAUCGCCGUGGACAUAUCACCUUAAAUCCCAAGAAAGCUUUGACCCGUCAGGGGACUGCUACACGGCAAUAUCAGAGAAAAAGAGAAAACAGUUUCAAAAAAACAAAAAAAAAACGUGUUUUUUAUUACUAAAUAGAGCUGAACUAAUGAUCAGGCUACUGCUAGUAUUGAACGUUAUGUUCGACAAUGUCUCUGAUAAACAAAUGGUGCUUUACUCAAGUAAUAUAUUCUUCGUCUUAUUUGUCUUUCAAUAUGAAUAUCCUACUUCCCCUUUCUAAUAAGCGGUUUUAAUAAAACAAGAAUGUAACAGGAACAAGACUAAAUGUUUCCUGUGAUAGGGAUUAAGCGAUCGUUUUCUCCCUUUUUAAUACUUACAGAAACGAUCAAACGGCAUUACAGGCUCUUUUUACUUUUUAACUCUAACUUAAGUGUUGAUUUUAGUAUUCUUUUUUAAAGUAGAAUUUUAUUUUGGUGACAUUUUAUAGACAAGUUAUUAUGUGCGAGGGAAUAAAACAUUUACUUGUAAAGUUGACAAGUAACUAAAGAAUGGAACAUGCACGACGUUGUGCCUUAUGGCAAUCAUUUAACUUACUACCUUUUAAAAUCGGUAUCAUAGAUGGGACAUUCGACACAGUACGUACUUUGAUCUUUUAUAACCAUAAAUUGCUUCCUAGUCCCAUUCAGUGUCAGUAAACUCAAUGGGGAGACAGUGUAAUAAUUUAAAUACAACUAUCUCGAGUUUUUCGGGUGGGGGCGAAUGAAAUUAAAAUAAACAUUGGGGGACACAAGUCCUGUCUGUUGAGAUUACUAUAAUGUCGAGGUAUAAUCGCCAGUUAUAUUGAAUCUUGCCGAUGAGUAGAUACGCUGUGUAUGUGCGUAUUUGUCGCCCCCUGGUGUUUCUUUAAAAAACUACAAUUACACUUGAUUUCUGUAAACUGUAACACAAAUACCUACGUUAUAUGUUGUCACAAUAUUGUUUAUAUUUAAUUAUAUACUGAAUGUUGUUUUUGUUUG